CUUCUUUCGGUCAGAACUCCGACCGAGAAAGGGAUUCCGAUUUCUCCAUCGCCGUCCUUUAAACAGAGUAUUCCGAUCAGAUCCGAUCUUCAUCAGCGAGGAGUAUAAGCUUGCAACUGCAGGCCAACGCUCGGAAAGUACGGAUUUCAGAGUUGCGGAGAGCUUCUCGGACGAAGAACAUAAAUUGCAUUCAUCUUCAGACUUCAGAAUUUGUUUGUUAGUCUGAUGGCUGCUUCCAAGUCUCGCACAAGUAGCUUUUCUCGCAAUAUUUCAGCUUUACCUGUCUCUCAAGUUCCUGAAAUCAAGUGUGGGCCAAAUGGAACAAACUUGGUUUCAUCUGGCAUACCAGAUCUCGACAAGAUCUUAGGAGGAGGCAUCCCUUUGGGAAGCCUAGUUAUUGUGAUGGAAGACAGCAAAUCUCCUCAUCAUAUGUUUCUUUUGAGAAACUUUAUGUCGCAGGGUUUGGUCCAUAACCAACCACUUCUUUAUGCUAGCCCGGCUAAAGAACCUAGAGCUUUUCUUGGUACAUUGUCAGGUCCCGUCGCAUCUAAAGAUGAAAAAUCUCGUGAAGUUGAAACUGAACAGGAAAAGGGUUUGCGGAUUGCAUGGCAGUAUAAGAAGUACUUCAACGAAAGUCAGCAGAUUCAUGACGAACAAAGAGAUGUAAAGACCGAGUUUUCCAAUGAUUUUGACUUACUCAAACCACUAGAGAGACGUUUCCUUAGUUCGCAGCGAAUCGAUUGCAUUAGCCUCUAUGACUCUCCCGAUCUUGUCACUCUCUUGGAUCGGUGUUCAUCAUUUUUAGCUCAGUUUCCAAAGUCCAAUUCAAAUAUUUCGCGUAUAGCUAUUCAAUCGUUCUGUGCUCCACAAUGUGAAUAUUCCAAUAUGGAAUGGGAAAUGCUUUCAUUUAUAAGAUCAUUGAGAGGCAUGAUAAGAUCAUCAAAUGCAGUUGCAAUUAUAAGCUUCCCACCUUCUACUGUCUCGUCUUCCUUCUCGAAAAGAUGUCAGCAUUUUGCAGAUACGUUGCUAUCUGUGAAAGCAAUACAAGACGAUGACAAAGAGAUGGCUAAACUCCUUACUGGUUACAAAGACAUGGUCGGCCUUCUCAAUGUGCACAAAGUCGCUCGAAUGAACACUCAGGUUCCAAUGAUCUUGGAAGCGACCACUUUUUCGAUAAAGGUGAGAAGACGACGAACAGUGGUUUUAGAAUGUCUGAAUCAAGCACCGAUUGAUGGUUCUAGUGGCAGCUCAUACUCCGGUUCUAGCAGCUGUUCUUCUGGGUCAUCUAAAAUAUUUGACUUUUAAUACUUUUUUUGGGUAAAUCACAAUAUUAGUUUGAACAAAACAUUAGCAAUCUUAAUAAUUAUUGAUUUCAUUUUGUUUUCACAAUCUCAAUUCUUCCAAAUUUUGUAACUAUUUGAAUUUUACAAACUCUUAAAAGAAAUAUGUUGUCUUUGAACUGUUCAA